AACUUCUAAUUUAUACACAAAUGUAUUAAUGAUCUUAUGGUGACAAACUGAGCCUGUGGAGAUUAAAAUGGUUCAUUGUCAGCCUCAACUGUGGCGGCUCCUACUGCUGAUGUGCCUUGGAGGACUCCUUCAGACUGAUGUUUGUGGAGGUCAGCAUUCAGUACAGAUCCAGGAAGGUCCACUGUACCGUGUGAAAGGAUUUCCAAUGUCCAUCUCAUGCAAUGUCAGUGGCCUUAAGGAUUCAAGGGAACAAGAAUUUGAGUUUUUAGUCACUAAACCACAGAAAUCAAAUCAAAUCCAAAUUAUUAGCACUAAGGACCCAGGUUAUCCUUAUGCAGUGUACUCUAAAAGAGUGCUUGAGAAUGACAUUCUGAUUGAAAGGCUGUCAUGGACAUCAGUUCGCUUCCACAUUAAGUCUGUAAAAGAGGAUGAUUCUGGAAAAUAUGACUGUCACACUCCAAAUACAUAUAGCACUUAUUUUGGAACCUACAAUGCAGAAACAACAAUGAAUGUGAUUGAGGAUACUCUGAUGGCUUCCUACUCUGGGCCUGCAUCCUAUAGCAUCUCUGAAGGUGAAUCUCUUCAACUAGAAUGCCAAGUUUCCAGUCAGACCUUCCAACAUACUCAUCUUUCUGUCACAUGGUAUCUACGUGGUACCACUGACACUCGGCCCAUCAUCAGUUUGGACCGAGAUUUAGUUGUGAGGCCUGGAACGGAAUUUUUAGACAGAUACAGCUUAGGGCUCAUAGCUAUAGAGAAGAUAGAAGACACCACCUACAGACUUAAGAUAAGUCAGGUACAGCAGUCUGACCGUGGUGAGAUCUACUGCCAGGCUGAGGAGUGGAUCCAAGACCCAGAUCGCUCUUGGUUUAGGAUUUGCCACAGGAACACCACAAGCUCCAACAUAGAAGUCAAAGCUCUAGACACAGUUGAUGAAGUAGGAACUUUUGUUCCUCAAAUCCGUGUUCUGAAUCCGGCCCUUGAGGAAGGAGGAGUGAUGAAGAUCCAGUGCAGCAUAGAAGCUCAGAAUCUUCCAGGGCGUUUCUUUUCCAUGACUUGGCUAAAAAACAACAUAGAAGUGUCUCAAAUUGGUCCCACUGGUGUGGUGUCUGUAGGUAACACAUACAUGAGAAGAGAGAAUGAUGGUGAACUAAGAACUGUAAAGAAGGGGGAUAGAAUCUUCAUCCUCACUAUCCAACCAGUCAGGGCUGAAGAUCAGGGCAUGUAUCAAUGUAAAGCUGCACAAGAGGAGAAGACAGACACUGGGUCCUUCAUCAGAGGACAAAGCCAGCUAUCACAUGAAGAAACUGUGCACAUCAAAGCUAAAGGUCAUGUAAUUGUAACCAGUUGGGUAUUGUUUGCUAUUUUUAUUGGCUUAAGAGCUUUGGAGUUUUUUUUCUGUUUGUAAUGCUGUUGUAUGUC